UCCAUCAGCAUGUCGCUCACCAGCAGCGUCGCUUAGGCUUCCUGUUAGACUCCCCCUGCAGAAAAGCAGAAAGGCCUGUGAUUCAAAUCCUGAAUAAAGAACCGAGCGUAGAAUCGACAUGACUGCAUUGACGGCUGCCGGAAGGCCGUGUGGCCAUGUGGAUGCCCAUGUGUACCGGAAGGCCGUGUGUACCAGAAGGCCAUGUGUACCAGAAGGCCAUGUGUACCAGAAGGCCAUGUGUACCAGAAGGUCAUGUGGCCAUGUGGACGCCCAUGUGUACCAGAAGGUCAUGUGGCCAUGUGGACGCCCAUGUGUACCAGAAGGUCAUGUGGCCAUGUGGACGCCCAUGUGUACCAGAAGGCCAUGUGGCCAUGUGAACGCCCAUGUGUACCGGAAGGCCAUGUGUACCAGAAGGCCAUGUGUACCAGAAGGUCAUGUGGCCAUGUGGACGCCCAUGUGUACCGGAAGGCCAUGUGUACCAGAAGGCCAUGUGUACCAGAAGGCCAUGUGGCCAUGUGGACGCCCAUGUGUACCGGAAGGCCAUGUGUACCAGAAGGCCAUGUGUACCAGAAGGCCAUGUGGCCAUGUGGACGCCCAUGUGUACCGGACGCCCAUGUGUACCAGAAGGUCAUGUGGCCAUGUGGAUGCCCAUGUGUACCGGAAGGCCAUGUGGACGCCCAUGUGUACCGGAAGGCCGUGUGUACCAGAAGGCCAUGUGUACCAGAAGGCCAUGUGUACCAGAAGGCCAUGUGUACCAGAAGGCCAUGUGUACCAGAAGGUCAUGUGGCCAUGUGGACGCCCAUGUGUACCAGAAGGUCAUGUGGCCAUGUGGACGCCCAUGUGUACCAGAAGGUCAUGUGGCCAUGUGGACGCCCAUGUGUACCAGAAGGCCAUGUGGCCAUGUGGACGCCCAUGUGUACCGGAAGGCCAUGUGUACCAGAAGGCCAUGUGUACCAGAAGGUCAUGUGGCCAUGUGGACGCCCAUGUGUACCGGAAGGCCAUGUGUACCAGAAGGCCAUGUGUACCAGAAGGCCAUGUGGCCAUGUGGACGCCCAUGUGUACCGGAAGGCCAUGUGUACCAGAAGGCCAUGUGUACCAGAAGGCCAUGUGGCCAUGUGGACGCCCAUGUGUACCGGACGCCCAUGUGUACCAGAAGGUCAUGUGGCCAUGUGGAUGCCCAUGUGUACCGGAAGGCCAUGUGGACGCCCAUGUGUACCGGAAGGCCAUGUGGACGCCCAUGUGUACCGGAAGGCCAUGUGGACGCCCAUGUGUACCGGAAGGCCAUGUGGUCUCCUAGCAUUUCGGCCAUGUAAAUCGCCGCUGCUGCUGUAUUAAUUCCAGGGUCAGGCCAGCUAUAUGGUCGCAAUGAUCCUAUUCAUUUAAAACGUAGUUUUAAAUCACACCUGUGAUAUCUGGUUGCAUUUGUCAAUUUGGCUUGUAAUGUAAACAGUGACUGCUCAGAAGCACUCACUGAUCCGGUGUGGACAUUUCAUCUGCUUUGCAUAAGGAGACAGCCAUAUUCCAGUGACCUGCAGUUUUAUGCAAACACAGGUACAGUUUGCAUGUAAAUGGCUGAAGGGUGAAGGGUGGCCCCACGGCGAUAUGAGAGGCCUGCAGCUUCACUGAAAAUGUCGUUCAUUUGGUCUCCCUUCCCUUAGCUCUAUGACUCUCGGUUCCUUCGGAAGGCACUUACUUAGAACUGCUCCGUGGGCCUGAGUGCAGUUCCUCUGGGCACUGGGGAUGCCAGAUAGUCAGUGCAUGCAGCAGGAGGGACAAAAGGUGCUCCUGCAAAUGCCGGCCUUGGUUGCAUACAGUAGAAACGUGCAUUGUCACUCUCUCUCUCUCUCUCUCUCUCUCUCUCUCUCUCUCUCUGUCC